UGGCCGGGCCGGAUGAGGAGGAUGAAAUGGCCCCGGACCCGCGGCUCGGCGCCCUGGCGGCCCGCGUGGGGCUGUGCCUGCGGCCGGCGGCGGGCGCCUGGGAGCGCUGCGCCGGGGCAGCCGAGGGACAGCGGCUGCUGCGCACCUUUCUGCGCGGGGGCGCAGGCCCCGGGCCGAGGCCAGUGCUGGCGGUGCGCCCCGGGCCCGGGGGGCUCGCGCUGCAGGCCGGGCUGGACGCGGGGCCCGGGGGCGGCGCGCCGCGGGCCAAGGGGCUCUUCUUUCUGCGCACUGGCGGGGAGCCGCCGGGUUCCCGCGGCCUCCGCGGCGCGGUGGUUUGCGGGGACUUGCCCGCGGCGCCCCUGGAGCACCUAGCGGCACUGUUCUCGGAGGUGGUUAUUCCUGUCUUGGCCAAUGAAAAGAACAAUCUAAACUGGCCUCAGGUGGUGAGCCAGGACCUCCAGAGGCACGCUCGCAGCCUCCAGAGUGAUCUUCUGGUUAUUCUUGAGCAAGUUAAGGGGAAAACUUUGCUACCUCUUCCAGCAGGCUCAGAAAAAAUGGAGUUUAUGAAUUCUGAAAGUGAAACUCUCUUGGAUUCCACAGACAAUACAGUCAUCUAUUCCAUUGAAUCUGCAGUGAUCCAAUGGAGUCACCAAAUUCAGGUUGUACUAAAGAGAGAGUCUUUCCAGCUACUCCUGAAAGGUGAGAAUCCCACGCCAAAGGUGGAACUGGAGUUCUGGAAAAACAGGUCUGAGAAUCUGGAAUACAUUUAUAACCAACUGAGAACAUUAAAGGUCAGGAGCAUGGUUGGUCUCCUGGACAAGGUUAAAAGCAGCUACUUCCCAGCUUUCCAAGCCAUGUUCAGAGAUGUUGUAGCAGCUUUGACAGAGGCUCAGGACAUCCACAUCCAUUUAAUGCCACUGCAGCGGCACCUGGAAACCCUGGAGGGCGUGGAAUUCCCAGAGGUGAAGUCUGGGCUAUGGCCUCUGCUCCAUGUUGUCUGUCUGAUCUGGGCCACGUGCAAGUCCUACUGCUCCCCAGGCCGGCUGACUGUGCUGCUCCAGGAGAUCUGCAACCUCCUCAUCCAGCAGGCAUCUAAUUAUCUUGGCCCAGAAGACCUUCUGAGCAGUGAAGUAGAAGAGAGUCAGAAAAAACUACAUGUGGUUAUGGAUACAUUGAACUUCUUCAAGCAUGUGUUUCAAGAUAGAAGAGAGAAUCUCCAUAGUUAUUUCAAAGAGAACCAGAAAGUCAGGGAGUGGGAUUUCCAGUCGACUUUGGUCUUUAUGCGAUUGGAUGGCUUCUUGGAACAUCUACACAUGGUUGAAAAUCUUCUGAAUACAAAUUUGGAUUUUCACACACUGGAAAAGCUUGAGUUUAGUGGCAUCAGAGGAAAUGCCUUAAGUCAGCAAGUCCAGCAAAUGUACAAUGAAUUUCAAGAGAUGUACAGAGUAUUCUCAGAGUCCUCCUAUAACUGCUUGGACCCACAGAAUAUGGAAUUUGAAAAUGAUGUCUUCAAGUUUAACCAGAGGGUUGAAGAUCUUGACCGAAGAAUGGGGACAAUAUUUAUUCAAGCCUUUGAUGAUGCCCCAGAUUUGGAGCAUGCCUUUAAGCUGCUAGAUAUAGCAGGAAAUCUCCUUGAAAGACCCCUCAUAGCACAAGAUGCAUCUGAUAAAUAUUUUAUGCUCAUUCAAACAUUCAACAAAGAUUUGGAUGCUGUAAAAACAAUCUACAGCCAGCGUGUCCAGGAAGAGGCUGAAACUGGAUUCUCCCCAGUCCACAAGAACAUGCCCACUGUAGCGGGUGGUCUGCGCUGGGCCCAGGAGCUGAGGCGGCGCAUACAGGGUCCCUUCAGCAACCUCAGACACCUCACACAUCCAUGCCUAGAAUCUGCUGAAGGAAAGCAAAUGAUACAAAAAUAUGAAGACAUGAUCUCACUGCUGGAAAAAUAUGAGACAAGACUCUAUGAAGAUUGGUGUGAUACAGUAUCAGAGAAGUCACAAUACAAUCUUUCUCAGUCACUUCUGAAACGCGAUCCAGAGACAAAGCAGAUCACAGUCAACUUUAACCCACAGCUGAUUUCUGUGCUGAAAGAAAUGAGUUACCUUGAACCCAGGCAGAUGAAGCAUAUCCCUGAGACUGCAGCAACCAUGUUCUCCUCCAGGGAAUUCUAUCGACAGCUUGUGGCUAAUUUGGAGUUGAUGACAAAUUGGUACAACAAGCUGAUGAAAACUCUGCUAGAGGUAGAAUUUCCAUUAGUGGAGAAGGAGCUGGAAAAUAUCGACUUCUGCUUAAGAGCUGCAGAGGAGACUCUGAACUGGAAAACAGAAGGUAUUUGGCAUUAUGUGAUCCAAAUCACCAAUAAUAUUCAUGAUCUUGAGCAAAGAAUUCAGAAAACUAAAAACAACUUGGAAGAAAUCCAAGACAUUAUGAAAACAUGGGUAUCUCCGAUAUUUAAAAGAAAAGAAAGAAAAGAAUUCUCUCUAUCUAUGGACGAUCAGAAUGAUCAAAUGGAAAAAUAUUAUGGUCUCAUCAAAAAAUCUGGCAUUAAGAUUCAUGCUCUUGUUCAGGAAAACCUAGGUCUGUUUUCAGCUGACUCAACCUCCAGUGCCUGGAAGACAUAUAUUAAUUACAUCGAUAAUAUGUUGCUGGAUGGAUUCUUUCAAGCCAUUGAAUGUUCUCUCAAGUAUCUCCUGGAAAAUACUGAGUGUAAGACAGGACUCACACCUCUAUUUGAAGCACAAUUGAGUCUAGCAAUACCAGAAUUAGUUUUCUUUCCAUCAAUGGAGUCUGAAGUGAAAGGGGGCUUCCAUGACAUUGUUGAAAGUCUUCUUACCAACAUUUUUAGAAUUUCAUCUUUGAUUCCACGACUUUCCCCACAAACUGGCUGUCCUCACUAUCAGGUUGCCAUGGAAGGUAUGGCUGACUUGACCAGCAUGCGGAGCACGCUCCUGGAGAGGGUGCAGAGCAUGAUGACCCGUUGCUGCAACUACAGGAACACCUUUGGCCAAUAUUCUUAUCUCUACAUGGAGGACCGGAAGGAGGUUCUGAGUCAGUUUCUGUUGUAUGGUCAUGUCCUCACACCCGAAGAGAUCGAAGCCCACGCUGAAAAUGGCAUUCCAGAGAACCCACCUCUUCUCCAGCAAUUUAAAGAACAAAUUGAUUCCUAUGAAAAACUGUAUGAAGAUGUCUGCAGGCUAGAACCCAUCAAGGUAUUUGACAGCUGGAUGAAGAUUGAUGCACGGCCCUUUAAAGCAUCUCUGCUAAAUAUAAUUAAGAAAUGGAGCCUCAUGUUCAAACAGCAUCUUGUUGAUUAUGUCACUAACAGCUUGGCUGACCUUGAAGUUUGUAUAAGAAAUAGUGAGAGUGGCUUGCUCAAGAAAGUUGAAAAAGGAGAUUUCAAAGGAUUGGUUGAGAUUAUGGGACACCUUAUGUCUUUGAAAGAACGGCAGACCAGCACUGAUGAGAUGUUUGACCCAUUAAAGCAAACUAUUGAAUUGCUGAAGACAUAUGAGCAAGAGUUACCAGAAACAGUGUUUAGGCAGCUGGAGGAACUGCCUGAGAAAUGGAACAACAUAAAAAAGAUGGCUGUCACGGUGAGGCAACAGGUGGCACCACUGCAAGCAAACGAAGUGACCCUCCUCCGGCAAAAGUGCAUAGCCUUUGAUGUUGAACAGCAGCAGUUCUUGGAGAAAUUCCAUGAAGAGGCUCCCUUCAGAUUUGAUAGCCGUGACCCUCAUCAAAUGCUGGAUGAAAGGCACUUUGACAUCCAGCAAAUGGAAUCCACUAUGGCCUCCAUUUCUGAAUCUGCCAGUUUGUUUGAGGUCAAUAUUCCUGAAUACAAGCAGCUGAAACAGUGCAGAAGAGAGGUCUGCCAGUUGAAAGAGCUCUGGGACACUAUUGGGAUUGUGACCUCUAGUAUCCAUGCCUGGGAGAAUACCAGAUGGAGGGAUAUCAAUGUGGAGGCAAUGGACUUGGAGUGCAAACGGUUUGCCAGACACAUCAGGAAUCUUGAUAAAAAGAUAAGAUCCUGGGAUGCAUUCACAGGCCUGGAAAGCACUGUGUUGAACACUCUGUCCUCUCUAAGAGCAGUAGCAGAGCUGCAGAAUCCUGCUAUACGGGAGAGGCACUGGAGACAGCUGAUGCAAGCCACAGGUGUAAGCUUCACCAUGGAUGAGAACACAACCCUGGCACAGCUCCUGCAGCUCCAGCUGCACCACUUUGAGGAUGAAGUCCGAGGCAUUGUAGAUAAAGCUGUGAAAGAGAUGGGUAUGGAGAAGAUGUUAAAAGAGCUGCAGAUCACCUGGGCUGGCAUGGAAUUCCAGUAUGAGUUGCACCCACGAACCAGUGUUCCCCUACUACAAUCUGAUGAGGACCUCAUUGAAGUUCUGGAGGAUAACCAAGUCCAACUUCAGAACUUAAUGACGUCAAAGUACAUUGCUUUCUUCCUGGAGGAAGUAUCUGGUUGGCAGAAAAAGUUAUCUAUAGCUGAUGCUGUCAUCUCUAUCUGGUUUGAUGUUCAGCGCACAUGGUCUCAUCUGGAAAGUAUAUUCAUCGGAUCUGAAGAUAUCAGAGCUCAACUGCCACAGGAUUCUAAAAGAUUUGAAGGCAUUGAUGCUGACUUUAAAGAACUAGCUUAUGAUGCUCAGAAAACUCCAAAUGUAGUAGAAGCCACCAAUAAAUCAGGACUCUAUGAAAAGCUGGAAGAUAUUCAGAGCAGAUUACACCUGUGUGAGAAGGCUUUGGCAGAGUACCUGGACACCAAAAGACUUGCCUUCCCUAGGUUUUACUUUCUCUCCUCAUCUGAUUUGUUAGACAUCCUUUCCAAUGGCACAGUUCCACAACAGGUUCAACGUCAUCUUUCCAAACUCUUUGACAAUAUAGCCAAGAUGCAAUUUCAGCAAGACACCAGUGAGAAACCAUCUAAGAUUAGCCUUGGUAUGUACAGCAAGGAAGAAGAAUAUGUGGCUUUCAGUGAGCCCUGUGACUGCAGUGGGCAGGUAGAAAUAUGGUUGAACCAUGUUCUUGCUCACAUGAAGGCCACUGUGAGGCAUGAGAUGACAGAAGGUGUCACUGCAUAUGAAGAGAAGCCAAGGGAACAGUGGCUCUUUGACUACCCAGCUCAGGUGGCUCUGACCUGCACUCAGAUCUGGUGGACAACAGAGGUGGGCAUUACAUUUUCAAGACUGGAGGAAGGUUAUGAGAAUGCCAUGAAAGACUAUUAUAAAAAGCAGGUGGCCCAACUUAAAACACUUAUCACUAUGCUGAUCGGCCAGCUCUCCAAGGGAGACCGACAGAAGAUUAUGACCAUAUGUACCAUUGAUGUACAUGCCCGCGAUGUAGUGUCCAAAAUGAUUGCUCAGAAGGUAGACAAUGCUCAGGCCUUCCUCUGGCUAUCCCAGUUACGUCAUCGCUGGGAUGAUGAGGAUAAACAUUGUUUUGCCAAUAUCUGUGAUGCCCAGUUUCUAUAUUCCUAUGAGUACCUAGGAAAUACACCACGCCUAGUGAUCACACCUUUGACAGACAGGUGCUACAUCACUCUUACCCAGUCUCUACACCUGACUAUGAGUGGGGCUCCGGCAGGACCUGCAGGUACAGGCAAAACUGAGACGACUAAGGAUCUGGGUCGAGCACUGGGCAUCAUGGUUUAUGUGUUUAACUGCUCAGAACAGAUGGACUACAAGUCCUGUGGCAACAUCUACAAGGGCCUGGCACAGACGGGUGCCUGGGGCUGCUUUGAUGAGUUUAAUCGGAUCUCCGUGGAAGUGUUGUCAGUGGUAGCAGUACAGGUAAAAAGUAUUCAAGAUGCAAUCCGUGAUAAGAAACAGCGGUUCAAUUUCCUUGGGGAAGAGAUUAGCCUGAAUCCUUCUGUGGGUAUCUUCAUCACUAUGAACCCAGGCUAUGCUGGCCGAACAGAACUACCUGAGAAUCUCAAGGCUCUCUUCAGACCCUGUGCAAUGGUUGUUCCAGAUUUUGAGUUGAUCUGUGAAAUCAUGCUAGUGGCAGAAGGAUUUAUUGAAGCCAAGAUAUUGGCCAGGAAGUUUAUCACCCUUUACCAGUUGUGCAAAGAGCUUCUCUCCAAACAGGAUCACUAUGACUGGGGACUGCGGGCCAUCAAGUCAGUACUAGUGGUUGCAGGAUCCCUGAAGCGAGGAGAUCCCAAUCGUCCUGAAGACCAAGUGUUGAUGCGAUCCUUGAGAGACUUCAAUAUUCCCAAAAUAGUGACAGACGACAUGCCGGUAUUCAUGGGUCUAAUUGGGGACCUCUUUCCUGCUCUGGAUGUUCCUCGAAAAAGAGACCUCGACUUUGAAGCAUUGGUUAGGAAGGCAGUUUUAGAUCUGAAACUUCAAGCUGAGGAUAAUUUUGUGCUCAAGGUGGUGCAGCUGGAGGAGCUCCUGGCAGUGCGGCAUUCUGUGUUUGUAGUGGGAAAUGCGGGUACUGGCAAGUCUCAGGUGCUCAGGUGCUUGCACAAAACCUACCAGAUUAUGAAACGGCGCCCUGUGUGGACUGAUCUAAAUCCAAAAGCAGUCACCAAUGACGAACUGUUUGGUAUCAUCAAUCCAGCAACACGAGAAUGGAAGGAUGGACUGUUUUCAUCCAUCAUGCGGGAACUGGCCAACAUCACUCAUGAUGGGCCUAAGUGGAUUUUACUGGACGGUGAUAUAGAUCCAAUGUGGAUUGAGUCUCUGAACACUGUUAUGGAUGACAACAAGGUCUUGACCCUGGCAAGUAAUGAGAGGAUCCCUCUGAAUCCUACAAUGAGACUUCUCUUUGAAAUCAGCCACCUGCGCACAGCCACACCAGCAACUGUCUCCAGAGCAGGGAUUCUAUAUAUCAACCCAUCAGAUCUGGGGUGGAAUCCUCCAGUGAACAGCUGGAUUGAUAAGAGAGAAAUCCAGACAGAGAGAGCAAACCUAACUAUUCUGUUUGACAAGUAUCUUCCGACCUGCUUAGACACACUCAGAACCAGAUUUAAGAAAAUAAUUCCAAUCCCAGAGCAAAGCAUGGUUCAGAUGUUGUGCCGCCUUCUUGAAUGCAUGCUGACCAAGGAAGAUAUCUCUGCAGACUGCCCCAAGGAAACUUAUGAGCUUUAUUUUGUGUUUGCUGCCAUCUGGGCUUUUGGUGGAGCAAUGGUCCAAGAUCAGCUCAUGGACUACCGAGCAGAGUUCAGCAAAUGGUGGCUUACAGAGUUCAAGACAAUUAAGUUUCCUUCCCAGGGAACCAUAUUUGACUACUACAUAGACCCAGAAACCAAGAAAUUUGAGCCUUGGUCCAAGCUCAUCCCUCAGUUUGAAUUUGACCCUGAGAUUCCUUUGCAGGCUUGUUUGGUGCAUACAAGUGAAACCAUCCGAGUGUGCUACUUCCUGGAACGACUUAUGGAGCGGCGGCAGCCAGUCAUGCUGGUGGGAACUGCAGGCACAGGGAAGUCAGUGCUGGUGGGAACUAAGCUGGCCAGUCUGGAUUCUGAAGAAUACUUGGUGAAAAAUGUGCCAUUUAACUACUACAGCACAUCUGCAAUGCUGCAGGCUGUCUUGGAAAAGCCUCUAGAAAAGAAAGCUGGUAGAAAUUAUGGGCCCCCUGGAAAUAAAAAGCUAAUAUAUUUCAUUGAUGAUAUGAACAUGCCAGAGGUGGACGCCUACGGGACGGUGCAACCCCACACUAUAAUCCGACAACACCUGGACUACGGACACUGGUAUGAUCGGAACAAGCUGUCUCUGAAGGAGAUCAGGAAUGUUCAGUAUGUUUCCUGUAUGAACCCGACUGCAGGUAGCUUUACUAUCAACCCACGACUUCAGCGUCACUUCAGUGUAUUCGUCCUCUCCUUCCCCGGAGCUGAGGCUCUCUCUACCAUCUACAGCACCAUCCUUGCCCAGCACCUAAAGUUUGGCAACUUCCCAGCAUCACUGCACAAAUCCAUACCCCAGAUGAUCAGUCUUGCCCUUACCUUCCACCAGAAAAUCACCACGACAUUCUUGCCAACAGCAAUCAAAUUCCAUUACAUCUUCAAUCUCAGAGACUUCGCCAAUAUUUUCCAGGGCAUUCUCUUCUCCUCAGUGGAAUGUGUGAAAACUACAGAAGAACUAGUAAAGCUUUAUCUGCAUGAGUCAAAUAGAGUGUAUCGAGAUAAAAUGGUGGAAGAGAAAGACUUUAAUAUUUUUGAUAAAAUCCAGAUGGAAGUAGUCAAGAAAAUUUUUGAUAAUAUUGAAGUGCCUGUGGAGCAGACCCAAAACCUGAACAUAUACUGUCACUUUGCAAAUGGUAUUGGUGAGCCCAAGUACAUGCCUGUAAAAUCAUGGGAACUUUUGAGUCAGAUUCUUGUAGAAGCCUUGGAUAACCACAAUGAAGUCAACACAGUAAUGGAUCUAGUUCUCUUUGAGGAUGCCAUGCAUCACGUCUGCCAUAUCAGUCGCAUCUUGGAAUCCCCACGGGGAAAUGCUCUGUUGGUUGGUGUUGGUGGGAGUGGCAAGCAGAGUCUGACAAGGCUUGCAGCUUUCAUCAGCUCCAUGGAUGUAUUCCAGAUCACACUGAGGAAAGGUUAUCAGAUCACUGAUUUUAAGGUAGAUCUGGCAGGAUUGUGCUUGAAAGCUGGAGUGAAGAAUCUCAGCACAGUGUUUCUCAUGACAGAUGCUCAAGUGGCUGAUGAGAAAUUUCUUGUACUCAUUAAUGAUCUCUUGGCAUCUGGAGAGAUCCCAGAUCUCUAUUCUGAUGAUGAAGUUGAAACCAUCAUAAGCAAUCUGAGCAAUGAAGUCAAGAGUCAAGGUCUGGUUGAUAGCAGAGAGAACUGCUGGAAGUUCUUUAUAGAUCGUGUCCGGAGACAACUGAAGGUGACUCUCUGUUUCUCCCCCGUGGGAAAUAAGUUAAGGGUUCGGAGCAGGAAGUUUCCAGCCAUUGUGAACUGCACAGCCAUUGACUGGUUCCAUGAAUGGCCUCAGCAGGCAUUGGAGUCUGUCAGCUUCCGCUUUUUGCAAAAGGCAGAAAAUAUUGAGCCCACAGUCAAACAGUCAAUCAGCCAGUUCAUGGCUUUUGUCCACACGAGUGUCAAUCAAACAUCCCUGUCUUAUCUGAACAAUGAGCAGCGCUACAAUUACACAACUCCCAAGUCAUUCCUGGAAUUCAUCAGACUCUACCAGAACUUGCUGCAGAGAAAUGGAAAAGAGCUCAAAUCUAAAAUGGAGCGUCUUGAGAAUGGGCUGCUGAAACUCUACAGCACUUCUGCCCAGGUGGAUGAUCUGAAAGCCAAGCUGGCCAACCAGGAGGUGGAGCUAAAGCAAAAGAAUGAAGAUGCAGACAAACUGAUUCGUGUGGUAGGUGUGGAGACUGACAAAGUGAGCAGAGAGAAAGCCAUCGCAGAUGAGGAGGAGCAGAAGGUAGCGCUUAUCAUGCUAGAGGUAAAGCAAAAGCAGAAGGACUGUGAAGAAGACUUGGCCAAAGCAGAGCCAGCACUUACUGCAGCCCAGGCAGCUCUCAAUACACUCAACAAGACCAACCUGACAGAGCUAAAAUCAUUUGGUUCUCCACCUCUAGCUGUCAGCAACGUCAGUGCUGCUGUGAUGGUACUCAUGGCCCCCGGGGGCAAGGUGCCCAAAGAUCGUAGCUGGAAGGCUGCCAAAGUCACCAUGGCCAAAGUGGAUAGUUUCCUAGACUCGCUCAUCAAUUUUGACAAAGAGAAUAUUCAUGAGAACUGCCUCAAAGCCAUCAGGCCAUAUCUGCAGGACCCUGAAUUCAAUCCAGAAUUUGUUGCCACUAAAUCUUAUGCAGCCUCAGGCCUCUGCUCGUGGGUUAUAAACAUUGUGAGGUUCUACGAGGUGUUCUGUGAUGUGGAACCUAAGCGCCAAGCAUUGCACAAAGCCACAUCGGAGCUUACUGCUGCCCAGGAGAAGCUAGCAACGAUUAAAACCAAGAUUGCUCAACUUAAUGAAAACCUGGUGAAACUCACAACAAAGUUUGAGAAAGCAAUGGCAGACAAACUUAAAUGUCAGCAAGAAGCUGAAGUAACUGCAAGCACCAUUUUUCUGGCAAAUCGCCUGGUGGGAGGACUUGCUUCUGAAAAUGUGAGAUGGGUAGAAGCUGUGAAGAACUUCAAACAACAGGAAAUGAAAUUAUGUGGAGAUAUCUUGCUUAUUACAGCUUUCAUUUCAUACCUCGGCUACUUUACAAAGAAAUAUCGGCAGAACCUCAUGGAUAGAAUCUGGAGACCUUACCUGAGCCAGCUAAAGGUUCCCAUUCCCAUCACCCCAGAUCUGGACCCCCUGCGGAUGCUGACUGACGAUGCGGACGUGGCCGCCUGGCAGAACGAGGGUCUCCCUGCAGACCGAAUGUCCAUGGAAAACGCCACCAUCCUCAUCAACUGUGAGCGCUGGCCACUCAUGGUUGACCCUCAGCUGCAAGGCAUCAAGUGGAUCAAGAACAAAUACAGGAAAGACCUUCGGGUCACUCAGAUUGGUCAAAAGGGUUACCUUCAAACCAUAGAACGUGCCCUGGAAGCUGGAGAUGUGGUGCUAAUUGAAAACCUAGAAGAAACCAUUGAUCCUAUUCUGGGGCCGCUGCUUGGGAGAGAACUUGUUAAAAAAGGACGAUUCAUUAAAAUUGGAGACAAAGAGUGUGAAUAUAACCCCAAAUUUCAACUCAUUCUCCACACCAAGCUGGCCAAUCCUCACUACCAGCCGGAGCUGCAGGCUCAGGCUACAUUGAUCAACUUCACUGUAACCAGAGAUGGCCUGGAGGACCAGCUGCUGGCCGCCGUGGUCAACAUGGAGAGGCCAGACCUGGAACAGCUAAAGUCAGAGCUCACAAAACAGCAAAAUGGCUUCAAAAUUACUCUCAAAACAUUGGAAGACAACCUGCUCUCUCGCCUUUCCUCAGCAUCUGGGAACUUUCUGGGAGAAACUGCCUUGGUGGAGAACCUUGAAAUCACCAAGCAGACAGCUGCAGAAAUUGAGGAAAAGGUGCAGGAGGCCAAGGUGACUGAAGUGAAGAUCAAUGAUGCUCGCGAGCACUACCGACCAGCUGCCGCCCGCGCCUCCAUGCUCUACUUCAUCAUGAAUGACCUCAGCAAGAUUCACCCAAUGUACCAGUUUUCUCUCAAGGCUUUCAGUAUCGUCUUCCAGAAGGCUGUGGAAAAGGCUGCUCCUAAUGAAAACCUCCAGGAGCGGGUGGCCAACCUCAUAGACAGCAUCACCUUCUCUGUGUACCAGUACACCACCCGGGGGCUCUUUGAGUGCGAUAAACUCACCUACCUUGCCCAGCUCACCUUUCAGAUCCUGCUCAUGAAUCAGGAAAUUGGAGCAGCAGAGUUGGACUUCCUCCUUCGAUCUUCAGUACAGACAGGCAUCACCAGUCCAGUAGAGUUCCUCUCCCACCAGGCCUGGAGUAACAUCAAGGCACUUUCAUCAAUGGAAGAAUUUUAUAAUCUGGAUCGAGACAUUGAAGGAUCUGCCAAGAGUUGGAAGAAGUUUGUGGAAUCAGAAUGUCCAGAGAAGGAGAAGUUCCCACAGGAGUGGAAGAACAAGACAGCCCUGCAGCGUCUCUGCAUGAUGAGAGCCCUCCGGCCCGACAGGAUGACCUAUGCCAUGAGAGACUUUGUUGAGGAAAAGUUAGGAAGUAAAUAUGUGGGAGGAAGAGCAAUAGAUUUCGCAACAUCAUUUGAAGAAUCAGGACCAUCUACUCCCAUGUUUUUUAUUCUGUCUCCAGGGGUAGAUCCACUGAAGGAUGUGGAAAACCAAGGUAAAAAACUUGGUUAUACCUUCAACAAUCAGAACUUUCACAACGUCUCUUUGGGACAAGGACAAGAGGUAGUGGCUGAGGCUGUGCUGGACCUUGCUGCCAAGAAAGGCCAUUGGGUUAUUCUGCAGAAUAUCCAUUUAGUAGCCAAGUGGCUCAGUACUCUGGAGAAGAAGCUGGAGGAGCACAGCAAAAAUAGCCACCCAGAGUUUAGGGUCUUCAUCAGUGCAGAGCCUGCCCCUUCACCUGAAGGUCACAUAAUCCCCCAAGGCAUCCUGGAGAACUCCAUCAAGAUCAUCAAUGAACCUCCUACAGGCAUGCAUGCCAACCUGCACAAGGCCCUGGACAACUUUACUCAGGACACCUUGGAUAUGUGUACCCGAGAGAUGGAGUUUAAGAGCAUCCUCUUUGCUCUUUGUUACUUUCAUGCAGUGGUGGCAGAAAGACGAAAGUUUGGGCCCCAAGGAUGGAAUCGCUCCUACCCCUUCAACACUGGGGACCUUACCAUUUCUGUGAAUGUGCUUUACAACUUUUUGGAGGCCAACACAAAGGUUCCCUAUGAUGAUCUGCGCUACCUCUUUGGAGAAAUCAUGUAUGGAGGCCAUAUUACAGAUGACUGGGACAGAAGGCUCUGCAGAACUUACCUGGAGGAAUUCAUCAAACCAGAAAUGCUAGAAGGAGAUCUGUGUUUGGCCCCUGGUUUUCUACUGCCCGGAAACAUGGAUUACAAUGGUUAUCAUCAGUAUAUUGAUGCUGAGCUGCCUCCAGAGUCACCGUACCUCUAUGGCCUCCACCCAAAUGCAGAGAUUGGCUUCCUAACCCAGACCUCAGAGAAGCUCUUCCGCACAGUGCUGGAGCUCCAGCCCCAUGACAGCCAAGCCGGAGAAGGGACAGGGGCCAUGAGAGAAGAAAAGGUCAAGAUCCUCCUAGAAGGAAUACUGGAGCGGGUGACUGAUGAGUUCAACAUUCCAGAACUGAUGGCCAAAGUUGAGGAGCGCACUCCGUAUGUUGUGGUAGCCUUCCAGGAGUGUGAACGGAUGAAUCUACUCACCAGAGAGAUACAGCGCUCACUGAGGGAACUGGAGCUCGGCUUAAAGGGAGAGCUGACCAUGACGAGUGACAUGGAGAACUUACAGAAUGCUCUGUUCUUGGAUACGGUGCCGAGCUCCUGGGUCAGGCGUGCUUAUCCCUCUACAGCAGGGUUGGCCACCUGGUUUUUGGACCUUCUCAACAGAAUCAAGGAAUUGGAAACUUGGACAGGAGACUUUGCCAUGCCCUCUACCGUAUGGCUGACUGGCUUUUUCAACCCUCAAUCCUUUCUGACUGCCAUCAUGCAGUCCAUGGCUCGCAGGAAUGAGUGGCCACUAGACCAGAUGACCCUGCAAUGUGAUGUGACAAAGAAGAACAAAGAAGAUUUCAGAAGCCCUCCUCGGGAAGGCGCUUAUGUCCAUGGUCUCUUUAUGGAAGGUGCUCGCUGGGAUGCACAGGCCGGGAUCAUCUCAGAGGCCAAACUGAAGGAUUUGACCCCACCCAUGCCUGUGAUGUACAUCAAGGCCAUUCCUGCGGACAAACAAGACCGCCGCAGUGUCUACCCCUGUCCUGUGUACAAGACUUGUCAACGGGGACCCACCUAUAUAUGGACUUUCAACCUGAAGACUAAGGAGAACCCAUCUAAGUGGGUUCUAGCCGGAGUUGCCUUGCUUCUCCAAAUAUAGCUACCUGCA